AAGGUCCGCCCCUUAGGCUGUCAGAAGAAAAAGCGGAGAGAACAGUAGAUAAGGCAGCGGCAGGGACCUGGGAGAGUGAUCUGUGCACAGGACCCCUUAGCCGGGCCCGGUGUUACAACAGUCAUUUGGGGUCCCUCUUAUCUGCUACCUCUGUACCCGGGUGUAUGGACACCAAAGCAGCCAGGACUCCACAUCUGCCCCUGUAUGGACCUGCUAGCACCAUGAGUAGCUGAGGACAGGAGGGGGAGGAGGAGGAAUAAGGGGAGAGGAGCCCACCUGUCGUCACCUGAGCAAUACCCUGAGCACACUCACUAUCUGGCACAGCCACCCAAGAUAAGGCGGCAUGGAGGGAAACGCAGGUGGUGUCAUUACUUACAUCAGCUCCUCGAGCUCUGUUUCCAGUCCUUCCUCGUGCCACAGUGAUAGCUCCAACAGUAGUUUCCACGCCACCUCUCCCCUGCCUUCAUCACCUGGCAGUUCUGCCUCAGAGGGUAGCAGUGUCGGAAGCAGCGGCAGUAAUAACAACAUUGGAAAGAGUGACCUUUCCAACAGAAGCAUCCUUUCAAGUCUAGAGGAGUCACACAGGGACCAGCCAGUGGAUGCGCUGUGCAUUAAAACAAGCUACACAAGCGCAGCAAUUCUGACCAAAGGCCAUAGUGGAGGUACAUCUAAAUUCAAUGGCAUGAUCCUUCUGUGUAAAGUGUGUGGAGAUGUUGCCUCUGGAUUCCACUAUGGGGUCCAUGCCUGUGAAGGCUGUAAGGGUUUUUUUAGGAGAAGCAUACAACAAAACAUCCAGUACAAAAAGUGCGUCAAGAACGAGAGCUGCUCCAUUAUGAGAAUGAAUCGAAACCGAUGCCAGCAAUGUCGCUUCAAGAAGUGUUUGUCUGUUGGGAUGUCCAGAGAUGCUGUUCGUUUUGGCCGCAUUCCAAAGCGGGAAAAGCAGAGGAUGCUGAUAGAAAUGCAGAGUGCCAUGAAGACCAUGAUGAACAAUCAGUUUAAUAACCCAUCUCUUCAGGAAACACUGCCAGACUACCAAGCAUCUCCACAGCCAUCUCUUCACCACCCUGCUCCAGAAAAUCUGAGAACCCAGGCUCAGCAAUAUCCAGAAAGCAAUAGUCUUACUACUUCAUCUCUUCCUCACCAUUCACAGCCGCCUCCUCCUCCCUUAGAAGUAAGCAAGGAGGACGUUAUUUGCUCCGUAACCAGGGCUCAUAGGGAAACCUUCAUGUACAACCAAGAACCUACUGAAAUUCCCACAGAGGCUCCUCAGCAGCAAGAAAACAAUUACAAUGUCAAACAUAAUAACCCCAUCAUCAAUGAGUCCUGUUUUGCACAUAAACCUUUCAAUAAUAGCCAGAAAUAUCUGAAUGGGCAACACAAAGACAGAAACAUUGCUUCCUAUCCAAGUGGACAUGCUGUUUGUUUCUCCAAUGGGCACAAUGUAAACUUUUCCAAUUGGUUUUGCCACAAAGGACGUAGUAAAACAAAAGCAUUUGAUAUCCCUGAUAGUAAUAAUGUAAAUGGAUAUUCUUGCAACAGAGGAAGGCGAAUGCAUCUGGUUUGCCCGAUGAGCAUGUCUCCAUUUAUGGAUCAAAAUAAAUCAGGCCCUCAAAUCUGGGAAGAGUUUUCAAUGAGUUUCACCCCUGCUGUAAAAGAGGUAGUAGAGUUUGCCAAACGUAUACCUGGAUUUAAGGACCUUUCUCAGCAUGACCAAAUUAACUUGCUAAAGGCGGGCACAUUUGAGGUGCUGAUGGUACGUUUUGCGUCACUUUUUGACGCAAAGGAGCGUACUGUCACCUUUCUUAGUGGAAAGAAGUACAGUGUGGAUGAGUUACGCUCUAUGGGAGCUGGGGAUCUGCUGAACUCUGUCUUUGAAUUUAGUGAAAAACUCAAUGCGCUGCAACUUAGUGAGGAAGAAAUGAGUUUAUUUACAGCAGUUGUUCUGGUAUCUGCUGAUCGAUCGGGUAUUGAAAAUGUGAAUUCAGUUGAAGCGUUGCAAGAAACUUUGAUCCGAGCAUUAAGGACUUUAAUCAUGAAAAACCACCACAGCGAAGCCUCUACUUUUACCAAACUUUUACUGAAGUUACCAGAUCUGCGUUCUCUUAAUAACGUACACUCAGAGGAACUUCUGGCCUUCAAAAUUCACCCGUAGUCGUCUUAUUGACUAAGGUGUUUUGUCUACUUUAUAUUGUGACAGAUGAGUUAUUCCUUACUUUAGAACAGAAAUAGCUUAAUGACUGGUGUAUAAUGGGACCACUGCCCCUCCUCAAAUCACAAACAGCCAUCACUGUACAAUAGAGUAGUACAUACGCUAAUAUUUUUAAUAGUCAAGGGUAAAAGUUCCUGAACAUUUUGACACCUGGUGAAGCAAGUUUGUAGGCCCAACAAGUGAAUUCAGCAGUACAACACAAUUUAUAUAACGACAAGCUCUGCUGUGUGGGAAUAAUUCAAACAUAGAGAUAUUUAAAUGUUCUAAUAGUAAUAUAAAGUAAUCAUAAACUUAAUAUUAUGAAGCUACUAGAUUCUCGUAUUUCUUAAUACUGUACACUGUUAAUGAAUCUGGUUCUACCAAGAAUACUUGGAUAAUUCUCUAUCGCGCCAUUUUUUGGCACAUUGUCUUAAUAUAUUUAUCUGAGAUAUCUAUCAUCUUUUACAGAGACUGUAUGUUUUUAGAGUAUGUAUAUAUGCAUAUUGUGUAUAUAUAUAUAUAUAUAUAUAUAUGUAGUGUUACAGAUUAACAUAUCAGCUUAUUCACAAUAUUUUGACCUGUGAAAGAAGCUGCUUAAAUUAGUUUAAAAAAAAAAAUCUAACAUAUAUUAGAACAAUCAAGGCGAUUACUAUUGAAAAAUGUGCUAAUCAUAUAUAUAUAUAUUUAUAUAUAUAUAUAUAUAUAUAUAUAUAUAAAUUUAAAACAAACAAACAAAUUUAUCUGUAAAUGCUGCACCAUAAUUCACAAGCCUCUCAGUGGCACUGGUCCCUGCAUCCGAAUAUUCUCACAAUAUAGAUGCAGCAUUAUUGACGCUGCUAGGAAUAAGGACUUUUGGAUAAAAAGAAAACAGCAAUGGUAUUUCCAGGAAAAUUACGUGAAGAUAAGAAAUGGCCCAUCUACUGGUUUUAAACUUUGAAUCUGGACUUUCAUUGAAAUAUGGAUAAAAAGACAGUGACAUUUUUUAAAUGAUAUAUGAGAAAUGCAGAUUCUCAUUUUCUUGUUUGGAAAUAAAAAGGAGAGAAUCUGGACUAUUAUUUUGUCAGGAACAUCAGAUGUAAUCUCCUUUUCAUGAUCCGUGACCAUUUAUUUGUACAUUUUAAACGGUUUGCUGCUUACUUAAAGGGAUAAGAAGGUCAACGUUAAAAUGUGCAUGGGUGCAUUUGCAUUUUAAAUAGAAACAUGUUUGCAAUAAUCUUCUAGUAAAAGUUUAGUACUGUUUUCAAGCAGCAUACACACAUAUGCUUUUAGUGCCUCAUAAAUCUCAACUUCUCAGAGACAUAGUGGUAGCUUAUAUGACACAAAUGAAUCCUGAUGUUUAAAUCUGGAACAUGUAGUCACAUGUAGCAUACGUGCAUACCCACUAAUACCUUGUACUGGAAGCACUAAUUGAAGUAUAUUUAAAAAUAAAAUGCAUUUCAUGCACAUUUCAAUUUUUUUUUUCUUGUUUUCUCUUUCCUUUUAAUUCAUGUCCGACUUAGCAGAUUCCCAAUAUCUGUAUAAAGGAAGGAGGUAUUCAGAUCUACACCACUGACAGUGAAUUAAACUAGUUCUGAUUUACAGAUUGUAAUGUGUUCUGCACAGAGGAAAUAAUGUGUGUUCAUUCACUGCAGAGGGCAGGAACUGUACGAAGUGUGCUUGCUGGGAGGGGUUUAUCUGAACAACAAAAAUAUAUUGUAUAAAGUCUGUCACAUAACUUUUUUUUAUAGAUUUUUAUUUAAGAAAUGAGUUUCUUUUUUUCUUUUAAAAAGAAAAAAGUUACAAUUAUUUUUUUUUACCGCAGUAGAAGUAUUUGGGCCACAGGGCAGUCAAUAAAUGUUACAUGCUCAUUUCACUUUUAUGAAUAAUUAUAAAAUGCAUCUUAUAAUGAGAGAAUUAAUUAUACUAUUUUCAUUAAUUGAUUAAUAAUAGUUGGGUUUUUAAUUACUGUAACUUUCACUAUAUAAAUAUAUAAUAUGUUGUGGAUACAUUUGGUAAUAAGGCAGGUUUUUUGUUUUAACUUCAAAUUCAUUGGCUUCAAUUCAGUUUCUGGAUUAAAAAGAUUUUGAUUGGCUGAAAACUAACUUGCAAAAUGAUAGCAGUAUAGCACUGUAAAUAUUGAGCAGGUCGUUGAUAGGAAGUGGGAGAAUAAUCAGAAAAGUUGUCUGCUAAUAGUUUUAUUUCAGUAUCUCGCCCUUCCAAAGCAUUGCGUAUACAGGCCUGCAUGUUUCUUAAAGCACUUUUAAAACAAAUAUUUUACAAAAAUGUAAAUAAUCUAAUCAUUCUUUAUUAACCUGAUAUUGAUAAUGUGGGGGAAAUGUUAAAGGAAUAUAAAGGCCAUAAAUGAAAUGUGCAUAGGUGCAUUUCAAUUUAGAAUAGAAGCAUUUUUGUAAUAUACUUCCAUUAGCAAAAAUGCUUCUAAUACGUUAUAACUGUUUUUCACCGGUAUACGCACAUAUCCUGUAAGGGCCUGUGCACCAGUAUUUUCCUUCACAGUGGGUCAGCAGUAGUUUGUAUGGCACAAAUAACAUCUUCAGAAGCAAUACAAACCAAAGCCACCUCUCUGGGUAUGCAUUGUGUUUGUAUACUGAUGCAAGGGAUAUGUGUGUAUGCCUCAAAAAACUAAUAACUUUUAAUAGAAGCAUUUUUACUAAUGAAAGUAUAUUGCAAAAUGCUUAUAAUUUAAAUUAAAAUACACCAUGCACAUUUCAUUUUUGACCUUUCUAUCCCUUUAAAUGUGUAAGGGAUAAUUCCCAUCAUAACUUGUGUUGCAGUUUACCAUUUUUUUUCUUUCUUUUUUUUGCAACUUGUAUUAUUGUUUUUCAUUAAUUAGACUGACUAGUAAUUUUGUUUUUUAUACUUUUAUUUUAUCCAUAGUUGCCGUGUAUCAAUUUGGUCACAAGUUUGUGAUUAAAAAAUGUAAUUAGUCUCCUCUUAAACUAUAACUUAAUAUUUUGCUAAACUAAUUCUGGAAAAAAUAUAACCAGAACUGAAUCACCACUGAUAUUCCCCUCUAUGUGAUUCUGUGGUGUCCUGAGACCUCUUCAUCCCAGUUCCCGAGAUAUAACGUAGGUUAUUAGUUUGCCUUGUCUUUGUCGGGGAGCUUAAACCGCCUUUGUCUUGGGGAUAUAUAUUGUGACUUAUUAGGUUUGUUUGCAGACACUUUAUUAUUUUUGCUGUCAUAAACAGGAACAUGAAACCUAUAUCUCAGGUUUUUUCUUCUUAGUGGUCUAUGAAUUGAGGUUCUGUUUUAAAGGGCUACCCUGGGAUGGUGUACAGAUUAAAAUAUGUAACAUAGCCUUAAAUAGGAAAUAUAUAGUUUAUUAGUUACGUUAACCUAUUUUCUGGCAGAGAGAGUUACAACAUAUGGCUUUGCAAGGACAGUGUUGCACCCGUCUAUUACAGUGAAGUAGCUCUAAUACUUCAGCUUAAACAUACUUCUUUCUCUAUGUUGCUGACUACAUUUUUAUCCAUUUAUACCUCAGUCACCCUUGAUGCAAAGCCUUCUAACUGCCUUUUAGAAUGAAUUGGUCUGAACAUGAUACAUUGUGCUGAAAAAGCAAUUAAAACAGGAAAAUGUAAGUUUAGUAAAAGCCUAAUUUUCCUUGGCUGUCUUAGUCUUACAAUCCUACCUCUCAACUCCUCCUGUCUUACCGGUGUUUUUUAUAUGUACUUUUGGGGUACGCCUUGCCCCAAGCCUUCUGUAGAUUCCUAUAAAUUCUUGGUUAACUUCCACAAGGAUUGUGUUUGUGAGAGUGGUGCUGUAAACUGUAAUAUCUCUUUCAAGCAAGAAACUACAUUUUCUCUACGAAAUACACUCCUUUUGUUACAGCUGCAAAAUGGCGUGUAAGCUUAUUUUCUAACGCACAACCUAAACUGUGUGUGUGUAUUUAUUAACCCUAGAUUAUGUAUAAUAUCCAUAGGUUGAAACUGAAGUUAGUAAUCAAAAUCAUAUUCUCGUGCUUAUUGUGUGUAUGAAUAAAUAAAUAUAAGGGCUCCGGGGUAAAAAAGCAAACAACUUGUUGAAGCAGUAAACUGGUCUUAACAGGAGUGAAGGACAUUUUGUCCUUAAAUUUUUAUAAGAGUAUUUUUUUAUGAUGUGACUUUCUGCUGAGACAACCCACAAGCAUGUAUUGUUAGCUAACAGCAAACUGAAUGUUAUUGGCCUUUUCAGAAAUGAUAAUAAAAACCAAAAAAACUUUCCAGUGAACCAAAGUUUUCUACGAAUACGCUGCAUACUACUGAAAUCUGGGCAUUAGGCAAUCGGCUCCAUAGAAGAUUUCAAUCUGUGUUAUUGUUUUUGUUAUCUAUAGUAGGAAGGUGAACUUAAUGGAGUAUGAAAGAAGCUAAAGUCUAAUACAUGUGUAGCUUUUUUUUUGUUUGCAAAGGCAAUGCGUGCACAGAGUUAAUACUUUCACUGCCAGAGGACAUUGCAAGCCACUUUGCAGAGCAAUAAUUUGCUUACUUCCUCUAGCAAUGUAAGGCCAAUCCGUGCUGUGCUGUCAAAAUUUCACAAAAUUUGUAAAAAAAUAAAAUCCAAGCUGCAUUUCUUGAAUAAUUGUACUGUAGUAACAUGACCAUUGUUGCCUGUACUGAUGAUAGUAACCUAUAUACAUUUAUUUUAGCCUAAUUUGACACUUGGCUGCUAUAGGUUGUUGUGCAGUAUUGCAGGUCCUUACAGUAGCUAAUUACGUCUUCUAUUUCUUCCUCACUUUGCUGAAUGUACACACUUCUGAUUUCAAAUGUAGUAUAAGUACUUUAUUUUAUUAAAGGGGCAUGAAAACCAAAAUGUAUCUUUCAUGAUUUAGCUAGCACAUACAAUUUUAAAAAACUUUACAAUUUGCUUCUAUUGUCAUAUUUUCUUUGUUCUCUUGGCAUCCCUUGUUGAAAAGCAGGAAUGUAACCUCAGCAGUGUGCUUGUGUCUGGAGCACUAUAUUGCAGCCAUUUUGCAAGCAUGUUAUACAUUAGUAAGAGCACUAGGGGCAGCACGUUCUUCUGUUAUAUAUUGUUGCCGACAUGUGCACUCUACCUAUCUAGAUAUCUCUUCAACAAAGAAUAACACGAGAACUAAGCAAAUUUGAUAAUAGAUGUAAAUUGGAAACUUUUUUUUAAAUUGUAUGAUUUUCUGAAUCAUGAAAGAACAUUUUUUGUUUUCGUGUCCCUUUAAGACUUGGUAAUAGGACUUCAGUAUUUUCUACAAUAUAUUGUUACAAAUGUGUACUGAUUUCUGUAUUUCUCCUAAUUAAAACAAAAGAGAGCGCUUCAUAUCCAUCUGCAUGAACUAACGUACAACCAAUGUAUAUAGGUCAGGCAUGUCAAUCAUUUAGAUGUCUUUGGGCAGAUUACAUUAUUUGUAACCCACAUUUUUUAACGUUAGCGUUUUAAUCAGACAAAAAAGUGGCGAGUUAACUGUGAUAAAGAGUUUAUUCUAAUUCUUAAAUAACAAUAAAAUGUCUACUGGUUCCUGCUAAAUCUCAUAUUCUCAUCUCAUUCUGUAAGUUGCUCAGGUCAUUAUAAUGUAUUGAAGUGCUAAGAAAAUCAGUGAACACCAACUACUUUCACAAAGACACCUACAACUUUUUUUUUUAUUAAAUGCAAUACAUUUUACGAUGGCUUCUUUUAUACACAAUACUGAAAAGUCAUCUUUAAUACCCAUUGAUGCAUUGUUUGCUAGCAUUAUAGAUGCUUUUUUAUUAAUAGGACACAAAACUAAGAUAUUUAAAUAUAUUUAUAUUCUACAUUUCCAAACUCUUAAGUUUUAUUGGUAUCUACUUGAAGAAAGGCACAAGGUUGAUUACAAAGACUAUUUUUUAAUUUAAUAUAUUCAAGAUAUAAGUAUUGAUUUGUUAUUGAUUUUUUUGUAUGAAAAGUGUGGACCCCUGUUUAGUGGGAAUGCUGCCCUUAUAACAUCACAUGUGAUUGCCAUGCCUACCAUUAAUUAUAUUGCUGGAAAGUACAGUUGGAUCACAAAGCAUAGUGUGUGGAACACCUGAUCGUCUCUUGUUACACUGUGUGGAGAAGAAUAUGGCUGUUAGUUGUAUGUGUUAGUUUUUGAAAUAAAAACAUUUGCACAAUAUUUCCACAAUA